GGGUUGGGGAAAGGGAUUGCCCGGGGGUUGGGGAAAGGGAUUGCCCGGGGGUUGGGGAAAGGGAUUGCCCGAGGGUUGGGGAAAGGGAUUGCCCGGGGGUUGGGGAAAGGGAUUGCCCGGGGGUUGGGGAAAGGGAUUGCCCGGGGGUUGGGGAAAGGGAUUGCCCGGGGGUUGGGGAAAGGGAUUGCCCGGGGGUUGGGGAAAGGGAUUGCCCGAGGGUUGGGGAAAGGGAUUGCCCGAGGGUUGGGGAAAGGGAUUGCCCGGGGGUUGGGGAAAGGGAUUGCCCGAGGGUUGGGGAAAGGGAUUGCCCGGGGGUUGGGGAAAGGGAUUGCCCGGGGGUUGGGGAAAGGGAUUGCCCGGGGGUUGGGGAAAGGGAUUGCCCGGGGGUUGGGGAAAGGGAUUGCCCGGGGGUUG